AACAUGCUCUUGUUCCUCUUCUUGUUUGGUCUGGCUCUGGGUGCUGAGCCUCCUUCAGACAUCCAGCAAGUGAAGCUUCAGCGUGCUAACUGUCCCAUGUUCUGGUACAGCUUCAACGGCCGCUGCUACAAGUACGUCGCCACAGACAUGACCUGGGCUGAUGCAGAGCUCCACUGUGUGUCACAGGGAGCCAACCUGGUGUCUAUCCACAGUCUGGAUGAACAGAAUUUCGUCAAAUCCCUGGUCAAGAACUUUGAUCAUGCUGAGGGAUUUACCUGGCUUGGACUCAGUGACGUCCACAAAGAAGGCAGGUGGAUGUGGUCUGAUGGGUCUGCAGUGGACUUUGUCUUUUGGGCCACAGGAGAGCCAAACAAUGGUGGAGGAAAUGAACACUGUGUUCACAACAACUAUAAUCUAAAAUGGAAUGACAUAACAUGUUCUGUAAUCCAACCUUCUGUUUGUGCUUCUCGUAUAAUUCAUCCUUAG